ACCGCCAAUAAAAUCAGAAACGCAGCUCUGAAGUCCCUCGAUUCUACGACCUUCUGGUUCUCUCCGAUCGUCUUUAGAAUCCCAUGGCCUCCCACGCCGACGUCGCCGACCCAGCCCUCAAACCCAACCACGAUUUCCUCAAGGCCGUCACCGUUAGGGUUCCGUCCUCGACGCCCCGCGACGGCGACUCCGCCUGCUGCUCGGCGUGGAGCAGCCGGGCCGAGCUCACCGCCAAUUUCAAGCGGAGCGUGGCGCCGGCGCGGGUCAUGUACUACGAGCGCGGAUCCUGGAUCAACUUCCCGGGUCGGGUCGUGGAGCUGCUCCGGUCGGGCUUCUUCGAGCGCAAGGCGGUGCUCCACCUUGAAAUCGAAGGGUCAACGUACCUGUUUGACUUCACCCGCAUGCUUCAGAUCGACUCCGGCACCGGCAGCCAGCGCUCGAUCGCGUGGAUCGACGACAACGGGAAAUGCUUCUUUCCGAAGACGUUCGUCAGCGACGAGCUCUCCGGCGGGUCGGAUAGUCCGAGGAAGAUCGAAAUCGAGGUCCGGGUCGACGUCUCGGGUCGGACAUCGGGCAAGAGAAAACGAGACGACGACGAAGCUGAGGAAGAGAACGAGGAGACGUCAUCCAAACGUCAGCAGCCUCAGCCUCAGCCUCAGCCUCAGGAGUCUUGGCCGAGCGUGAAGCUGUUGAGAGAGGGAGAGAGAGCUUAUACGGCGGUGAGCAAUUUAUUUCUGAAAGGGAUCAGGAGGAUUGAUCCGACGGCUAAGAUUAGUUCGAUUCGUCAGUGCGUGCGGUCUGGGCCGUUGGAUAAGGCUCGGCUGGAGGUCUUUGAGAAGCAGAUGGAGAUGACCAAGGCGGCUCGGGGGUCGGCGAAUGUGGUCCACGCGUGGUAUUGUGGGUCGUCUGGAGAUAUACAGGGGAUUUUAACUCAUGGGUUUGGCUUGCCCAGCAAGGUUUCUGGGUCUCAUGGUGUUGGCCUAUACUUAUCUCAUUUAUCUUUACCUUUUAGUAGUAGUAGUACUGGGCUGUUGCAGCCCGAUGAUAAUGGUGAAAAACAUGUUCUUUUGUGCCGGGUUAUAUUAGGCAAUGUGGAGAAGGUUGAGGCAGGGUCUCAGCAAUGCUACCCUUCCAGUGUGGAGUUUGAUACUGGUGUGGAUGAUACUAGGACUCCCACGCGGUAUGUGGUGUGGUCAAGUUAUAUGAAUAGGCACGUUCUGCCUGAGUGUGUUGUGAGCUACAGAACUUCUAGUCAUGUGCCUGGUUCUCUGCCUAAGAAGUACCAUCUAACGGAGUUGAUCUCGAGGGUUAGGAAUUCACUACCCUCUUCUAAAGUUCAGCAAUUGUCCAAUCUGGUAAAUGGUUUAAAGGCUGGGAAGUUAGCAAGAAACGAUUUCUGCCAUCAGUUUCGAUUAGUUGUGGGGGAGCAGUUACUGCGUUCUGCAAUUCCUGAGAUGCGUGGCUCAGAACAAGGUUCUACUUAGGUGUUAUUUUUCUAGGACAUAUGGAAAUGUGUUUGUCAUGGUCUAGGAAAUUGAUAGAGCAUGUGUAAUCUCGUUUCUUAUAAGUCAUACUAGGUUUAGAGUGAAAUGCCAACAAAUAUAGCAGAGUAAAACUUUUCUUUUUGGUUCCUUAUCUUUUGGAUUAUUGUUUCUGGUUCACUAUAUCAAUUCUGUAGCACAUAUGCUUCCAUAUCUUAUGAAACAGUCGUGUGUGGUUUAUUAGUAAUGAUGUUCGGGGUAUGAUGUGACCUGGCUUACACAAAAUUGCACCUUGUAGCUACACCCAUGUCUAUAAUCUGAUUUUGAAGUUGUGAGUUUUUUUUCCCCCUUUUUUACUUGGGAUCUAAAUCCGAAGGUUGUAUGACACUUUAAUAAUCUGAAACGCAAGAGUUGUUAUUCUA